CAGUUAUUAUGCGGGGGAGAAAGAAAGGGGGGACGACAAAGGGGGAGGAACGGAGGGGGGACAGCAAAGGGGGAGGAACGGAGGGGGGACAGCAAAGGGGGAGGAACGGAGAGGGGACGACAAAGGCGGAUAAUGGGAGGGGGGACGACAAAGGGGGGGGGAACGGAGGGGGGACGACAAAGGGGGAGGAAAGGAGGGGGGACGGCAAAAGGGGAGGAACGGAGGGGGGACGGCCAAGGGGGAGGGACGGAGGGGGGACUACAAAGGGGGAGGGACGGAGGGGGGACUACAAAGGGGGAGGGACGGAGGGGGACGACCAAGGGGGAGGGGCGGAGGGGGGACGACAAAAAGGGGAGGGGCGGAGGGGGGACGACAAAAGGGGGGGAACGGAGGGGGGACGACAAAGGGAGGAGGAACGGAGGGGGGACGACAAAGGGGGAGGAACGGAGGGGGGACGACAAGGGGGGAGGGAUGGAGGGACGGCAAAAGGGGGGGGAACGGAGGGGGGACUACAAAGGGGGAGGUACGGUAGGGGGACGACUAAGGGGGAGGGGCGGAGGGGGGACGACAAAGGGAGGGGGAACGGAGGGAGGACGACAAAGGGAGGAGGAACGGAGGGGGGACGGCAAAGGGGGAGGAACGGAGGGGGACGACAAAGGGAGGGGAACGGAGGGGGGACGGCAAAAAGGGAGGAACGAGGGGGGACGCCCAAGGGGGAGGGACGGAGGGGGGACUAUAAAGGGGGAGGGACGGAGGGGGGACGACUAAGGGGGAGGGUCGGAGGGGGAACGUCAAAGGGGGAGGGGCUGAGGGGGGACGACGAAGGGGGGGGAAGAGAGGGGGACGGCCAAGGGGGAGGAACGGAGGGGGACGGCCAAGGGGGAGGAACGGAGGGGGGACGACAAAGGGGGAGGGAUCGAGGGGGGACGACUAAGGGGGAGGGGCGGAGGGGGGACGACAAAAGAGGCAUGGGCGGAGGGGGACGACAAAGGGGGGGAACGGAGGGGGGACGACACAGGGGGGAAAGGAGGGGGGACGACAAAGGGGAGGAAAGGAGGGGGGACGGCAAAAGGGGAGAAACGGAGGGGGACGGCCAAGGGGGAGGGACGGAGGGGGGACUACAAAGGGGGAGGGACGGAGGGGGGACGACAAAGGGGGGGGACGGAAGGGGGACGGCAAAGGGGGAGGGGAGGAGGGGGGACGAAAAAAGGGGGGGAACGGAGGGGGGACGAGAAAGGGAGGCGGAACGGAGGGGGGACGACAAAGGGGGAGGAAAAGAGGGGGGACGACAAGGGGGAGGGAUGGAGGAGGGACGGCAAAGGGGGGGAACGGAGGGGGGACGGCAAAAUGGGGGGAAUGGAGGGGGGACGGCAAAGGGGGAGGAACGCAGGGGGGACGACAAAGGGGGAGGAACGGAGGGGGGACGGCAAAAGGGGAGGAACGGAGGGGGGGCGGCAAAGGGGGAGGAACGGAGGGGGGACAGCAAAGGGGGAGGAACGGAGUUGGGACGACAGAGGGGGAGGAACGGGGGGACUAGAGCUCACCUGCAGAACUAAGUGUGAACUAGGACUACGGUAGGUGGGAGCAAGGAUUA